CCGGCCGGAUCACAUGCCACGCGGAUAGCGUGCUGCUUCCUCGUCAACCUCCUUCUGCGGUCCGAUGUUCUCGCGAUCGACUCAACAGGAAUGCCAAAAUUUGGCGAAGACCUGAACAACGUAACUGUGCCAGUGGGUCGAGAAGCAAUAUUUGUGUGCAACGUCGAAGGAUUAGCAACGUAUAAGGUCGCAUGGCUGCGAGUGGACACCCAGACCAUAUUGACCAUCCAUAGCCACGUGAUAACAAAAAACCAUCGGAUAGCGGUGACGCACAGCGAUCACCGUAUAUGGUUCCUUCAUAUCCGGGAAGUUAGAGAAGCCGACAGGGGAUGGUACAUGUGUCAAAUUAACACGGACCCGAUGAAGAGCCAACAGGGCUACUUGCAAGUAGUCGUGCCUCCGGAUAUUUUGGACUACCCGACUAGUACAGACAUGGUGGUAAGGGAAGGUGGUAAUGUUUCGAUGCAAUGUGCCGCUUCUGGAUUUCCAACACCUAAUAUAACCUGGAGAAGGGAAGGUGGCAGCAUGAUUUCUGUUAGUCCUGAAUUGAAUGUGAUGGCCGUGAACGGGCCCUGGCUGAACGUAUCGAAAGUGAACCGUUCGCACAUGGGCGCGUAUCUGUGCAUAGCGUCCAAUGGAAUCCCACCGUCUGUCAGCAAACGUAUCAUGCUCAUCAUACAGUUCCCUCCCAUGAUAUGGAUACCAAAUCAGCUCGUUGGCGCACAAGAAGGUCAAUCGGUCACUAUGGAAUGUAUAUCCGAAGCGUAUCCCAAAUCAAUCGAUUACUGGACAAAAGAUAAAACGACCAUCAUAUCAAAUGGUACCAAAUACCACACAGAACUGUUGGACAACGCGUACAAAACGCAUAUGAAACUGACAAUCAUAUCGGUAACGUUCUCCGAUUACGGAUCUUACCAGUGCAUAUCGAAAAACUCAUUGGGUGACACGGACGGUACGAUUAAACUUUACGCUGUACCCAAGCCCACGACAACGACGACGACGACGACGACGACGACAACCACCACCAUGACUUCAACGAUUACAAGUAUUACGACCACGAUGCCCUCUACAACAGUUCUGUGGUGGACGACAGCUUUACCGAAAAAAUCUUCAAAAUACGGUGGAAGAGCACCCAUCAACGAGGUAGACUGGAUGCAGUCGUCGAAGAAGACCGGAAAACACCAAGACGCCACGGUCACUAAUAAGAGAGAGUCGACGGAAGAUCAACAAAGUUCUCGGACAGCCGCCGCUGCCGGCGAUAACAAUAGGCAGCCGGCUUUGAGCAAAAAGCGUAAAAAUGGAUCUACCCACGUGCAUCCUGGACGUGGCGUAACGGCAGAUUGGAUCAUAAUAAUGAUAAUAAUAAUAACUGUACAAAAGAUUUUUCUGCUAUGAAUUCAUACGACCACCGCGGGGACAAGAAAACACCGCCUUUUGCAGCCAAAAUCAAAAGAAAACAACAAGGCAAUGCAUGGUGUUGGUGGUGGUGGCGACAAAGCCGUACAGAACGGGGCUCUUUAUACAAAAUAAUUUAUUUUAACGUUUUGUAUAAUAUUAUUAUGAUAUAAGAUUGCCAUUUUAUGUAAAUA